AUGACUACAUCCGCGGCUAAACAGCGGGAGAUCUACAACCAGCAAGGCUUUCUCUCAGCACUGCCGGUGUUGAGUGAGACAGAGCUGAGGGAGGCCAGGGAUGCCUUUUCUGAGCUGGAGAAGGAAUUCGGUGAAGAGUACACCCAAUACAGCCUCCACAAUGUUCACCUUCAGUAUCUGUGGGUGAUGGGCCUGACCAAACACCCUCGUAUCCUGCAAGUGGUCAAAGCCAUCCUGGGCCCUGACGUCAUCCUGUUGGACUCCCGCUUCAUCUGCAAAUACCCGGCACUCAAACCAGCCCACAUCCAGGAGAAUGAAGAGGGAGUAACCGAAGCUGACGGGAAGAUGGCAGAGAGUGGACUUCCAUACGUGGCAUGGCAUCAGGAUAUGAGGUACUGGGGUAUUGCUGGUGGCCCUGUUCUCUCUGUGUGGCUCGCUUUAGAUGACUCACUGAAAGAAAACGGCACCCUUCAGGUCAUCCCAGGCAGCCACUGCUCUGGCAUGUUGCCCCAUCACCAAGCCACCCGCCCUGGAAACAUCUUGUCGGUCAACCAGGAGAUCCCAGAGGAGCUGGUGCAGGCCGAUGGAGCAGUGUUCUGCCCUCUGUUGGCUGGGCAGAUGUCUAUCCACGAUGGACUCCUUGUCCAUGGCAGUGAUGCCAAUACAUCCAAGAGGAGGCGCUGUGGGUUUGUGAUCCGUUAUGUUCCCACUUGUGCUUACCCCAUACUGGAUCCAGAUCGUCACAGGAAAUUUAACGCCACAGUGUUGGCCUGUGGAACAGAUCAUUUCAAUCAUUUCUCCAGCAAAAGCACAUGA